UAUGCGUCGAACUUGCAAGUGUAUACGAGGAAGCAAGAUGGAGGAGCCCCUGAGAUGAACCAAGUGAUGCGGGUUGUCCUGGACUUGAAGCAGGGAUGCCGUGGCCACGACAUAACAAGCAAUAACUUUUGUACUUCGCACAAGCUGGGACAGGAGCUCCUCAAGAGGAAGCUAAUGAUGGUAGGAACAGUACGAUAUAACAAGCCAGAGCUCCCAACUCAACUGUUGAUUACACGGAACAGGCCUAUCGAUUCCACUAAGUUCCGUGUUCAUGGCCGACACGUCCCUAGUGUACUAUGUGCCAAAGAAAGGCAAAAAUGUGGUACUCAUGAGUAAGCUGCAUAUGGAUGGGAGAAUCUGUGGCCAGGAACAUCAAAAACCAGAAAUUAUAAUGGACCUCAAAAAGGAGGAUUGGACAAUUUAGGCUAGUGACUGGCUACAGCUGCAAAAGAAGGACCCUACACUGGACACUUGGGAUAUUCUUCAGCAUCCUGGACAUCUCGGCGUACAACGCGUUUAUAAUCUGGAUGGCGUUGAACCCAGAUUGGAAAAGAGGGAAAGCUCCAGAGGUAACGGCUCUUUCUUGAGGAGCUGGGCAAAACCUCAAAUUUAACAUAUCCCAAUGACCCCAGCUUCUGCAGCCAUCGUGAGGAGGAUUCAGGAAGAGGAUGCUGGUGUCCCAUCUGCCCGACCCACAGAACCAGCAACUCCAAUACCAGAACCAACUGAACAACAGGGGUCCAUUCCUCCACUGGCUAACCCUGCUAGACCAGCACUCUAAAGGAGAAGACAACAUAGGAGAGACGAGGAGAGGGUAUUAUUGAACCCUGCUGGACCAGCACUCUAAAGGAGAAAACAGGAGAAGAGAGAGGAUAAAAAGGAGAUUAGUUAACUCCUGACACUGGUGUGUAGCCUGAGAAUGGCCCUGCUGUGUGUGGUUGUGGCUUUUGCCCUGACUCUGCUAGGCCCCUGCCCCAGUGUGUGUGCCCCUCAGGGGGGGGCAGAGCCAGACGAACAGCCCUAUGACCUGGAUGACUUUGAUAUGAAUGGAGAGACAGACUGGGAAAACUUGGACCUCAAUGGAGAAAACUACGACUAUGAAGACCUAGACCAAGAGAUCGAGGUGGGGACGGUGGCCCCCCCUGCUCCUGAGACCCCUCCCCCAGCCAACAUGCCCCCUCCUGAGUAUGAGGAGGAGAUGACCCUGUUCCCCAGGCCGACCCCUCCCCUGGCUCCAGUAACUCUGGACUUCAAAGGACCAGGCCUGUUUGGACCCGACACUGGCCUGGGUAUGCCUACAUGUUUGCUGUGUGUGUGCAUCAGUGGAAGUGUGUAUUGUGAUGAUGCUAACCUGGAGCAGAUUCCUCCUCUGCCUAAAGAUACCACACACUUCUACGGACGCUUCAACAGUAUCAGACACGUCAAGAACACUGACUUCAUCAACCUCAACAAGCUGAAGAGCAUCGACUUAACAGGGAACCAGAUCUCUGGUGUGGAUGAAGAUGCGUUCCGCCCCCUAUCACAGCUCCAGGACAUCCUAUUGGCUGAUAACAACCUGCAGGCGUUGCCAGAACUCCCACCCACCCUCAGAUACAUUGAUGUGCGCAACAACAGACUGAUCAGCAAUGGACUACAUACAGAUGGGUUUAAGGAGAUGAGCCUGCUCGAGUUCCUGUAUCUGUCUGAUAACAAGCUGGACUACAUUCCUGUCCCACUACCUGAGAGCCUCCGAGUACUACACCUGCAGAACAACAACAUCCAGAAUCUUCAUGUGGACACAUUCUGUAACAGCCACGACCGUAACUACAUACGACGCUCCCUGGAGGACAUCAGGCUGGAUGGAAACCCUGUCAACAUCAACCUGUUUGCCUCGUCCUACAUCUGCCUGCCUCGCCUGCCUAUCGGGAGUCACUGAGGGGAGCAUUGAGGGGGCCAGCGAGGGGCUCUGCAGAGAGGGAGGCAGGGAUGGGUCUACAAAGGCAGUGGAAGGGAGGGUGAGGGAGGAAAAGGAAAGAGAAAAUAUUCAUUUUAAAAAAGCAAAUCAAAGACAGAGAUGAGUGUGAGGUGUGGGGAAAGGAAGGAUGGAAAGGGGGAGUUGUUAAUUCUAUUCCGGUUCGCUAUCUCUUUAAUGUUAGCUGCUAACUCAAUCCUGAGACACCUGUGAUGUCACGCCAGUAAGAGGCUGAAUGAUUGAUUGGCAGAUGGCCAGAUAAAUGAGGGGCCGUUUGCUUGCACCUGACAGAUAUCAAUCACGCUGAAAUCCAACCUGGGCAGAGGAGAACAGCUGCCACUGCAUCGACUGUCUGUAUGUCUGCCUGUCUGACUGCUACUUUAGACCAACGGAAACAUGUGUGUCGCCUCACAAUGAGAUCGUCAUUCUUUACUAUAGGUUGACCGUAAUAAAAACAACUGUGAUUCACUUAGUUUGGCUGUUAAUCGACAAUGUAAAUGAAUCAAUUAAAGUAUAAACACUGCUCCA